AGCGCCGGCCAGCGCCGAGCCCCCAGGAGCCCGAGCGCGGCCCAGGGGCGCCGCCGGCCCCUCCCCGGCGCGCUGACAGCAGGCCGGGCCCCCGCCCCGUACCCUCGCCGCGGGACACACCCCCCAGCCCUCCUCUGCGCCGCCAGUUCCCGCCGGCCCCACCGGGCGGCAGAGAGAGCGGGCAGGCGAGCGGAGCGCGGCGGCGCGGGAGGGAAGGGGCGCGCGGCAGGCCCACGGGAGCAGCCUGGGGUGCACGGAGCCCUCGUGCCCUCCGGGACAGUCGCCUGCCUGGGAGUCGCAGCUGUGGACGUCGGGAGUCUCGGUGGCGACUAGUGCGUGGGGCAGGGGUGGCGCGUAACCGCAGGGACCCGUGCAACGGGAGAAGGAGCCGGAACCCGGCCGGGAUGAGAAGGUGAAGCCGCCGGGGGGCGCCACUCGCUUUGUGGGGAAGAUGCUCGCCUACUGCGUGCAAGAUGCCACCGUGGUGGACGUGGAGAAGCGGAGGAACCCCUCUAAACACUACGUGUAUAUCAUCAACGUGACCUGGUCCGACUCCACCUCCCAGACUAUCUACCGGAGAUACAGCAAGUUCUUUGACCUGCAGAUGCAGCUUCUGGAUAAGUUCCCUAUCGAAGGUGGCCAGAAGGAUCCCAAGCAGAGGAUUAUCCCCUUCCUUCCGGGCAAGAUCCUCUUCCGGAGAAGCCACAUCCGGGACGUGGCUGUGAAAAGGCUGAAGCCCAUCAAUGAGUACUGCAGGGCGCUCGUCCGGCUGCCUCCCCACAUUUCACAGUGUGAUGAAGUCUUUCGGUUCUUUGAGGCACGUCCUGAGGAUGUCAACCCCCCAAAAGAAGACUAUGGCAGUUCCAAGAGGAAAUCAGUGUGGUUAUCCAGCUGGGCUGAGUCUCCCAAGAAGGACGUGACAGGUGCCGACACCAACGCCGAGCCCAUGAUCCUGGAACAGUACGUGGUGGUGUCCAACUAUAAGAAACAAGAGAACUCGGAGCUGAGCCUCCAGGCCGGGGAGGUGGUAGAUGUCAUCGAGAAGAACGAAAGCGGCUGGUGGUUUGUCAGCACGUCUGAAGAGCAAGGUUGGGUCCCUGCCACCUACCUGGAGGCCCAGAAUGGCACACGAGACGACUCGGACAUCAACACCUCCAAGACCGGGGAAGUGUCCAAGAGACGCAAAGCUCACCUGCGGCGCCUGGAUCGCCGGUGGACCCUGGGCGGGAUGGUCAACAGGCAGCACAGCCGAGAAGAGAAGUAUGUCACCGUGCAGCCCUACACCAGCCAAAGCAAAGACGAGAUUGGCUUCGAGAAGGGUGUCACCGUGGAGGUGAUUCGAAAGAACCUGGAAGGCUGGUGGUACAUCAGAUACCUAGGCAAAGAGGGCUGGGCACCAGCAUCCUAUCUGAAGAAGGCCAAGGACGACCUGCCAACCCGGAAGAAGAACCUGGCAGGUCCGGUGGAGAUCAUAGGCAGCAUCAUGGAGAUCAGCAACCUGCUCAACAAGAAAGCCUCCGGGGAUAAGGAGGCUCCAGUGGAAGGCGAAGGAUCGGAGGCCCCCAUCUCCAAGAAGGAGAUCAGCUUACCCAUCCUCUGCAACGCCUCCAAUGGCAGUGCCUCGGGCAUUCCCGAGAGGACCACAUCCAAGCUGGCCCAGGGCUCCCCGGCCGUGGCCAGGAUUGCUCCUCAGCGGGCCCAGAUCAGCUCCCCGAACCUGAGGACGAGACCUCCCCCGCGCAGAGAAUCCAGCCUGGGGUUCCAGCUGCCAAAGCCGCCAGAGCCCCCUUCUGUUGAGGUAGAGUACUACACCAUUGCUGAGUUCCAGUCCUGCAUUUCUGACGGCAUCAGCUUUCGAGGCGGACAGAAGGCAGAGGUCAUCGACAAGAACUCAGGAGGCUGGUGGUACGUGCAGAUCGGGGAGAAGGAGGGCUGGGCCCCGGCCUCAUACAUCGAUAAGCGCAAGAAGCCCAACCUGAGCCGCCGAACCAGCACUCUGACCCGGCCCAAGGUGCCGCCACCCGCACCCCCAGGCAAACCUAAGGAGACCGAGGAGAAUCCUGCGGGUGCCUGUGAGAACCAGGGCUCCCCACUGAAGUUGAAGUACGAGGAACCCGAGUAUGACAUCCCUGCCUUUGGCUUCGACUCAGAGCCUGAGCUGAAUGAGGAACCCACGGAGGACAGAGGUUCAGGGGACAAGCAUCCUGCCCAGCCCCGAAGGACCUCGCCUGCCUCCUCCCUUCAACGGGCCCACUUCAAGGUGGGUGAGUCCUCUGAGGACGUGGCCCUGGAAGAGGAGACCAUCUAUGAGAACGAGGGCUUCAGGCCAUACACGGAGGACACCCUGUCUGCCAGAGGCUCUUCUGGGGACAGCGACUCCCCUGGAAACUCCUCUUUGUCCCUUGCCAUGAAAAACUCCCCUAAGUCAGAUUCUCCCAAGUCCUCAUCUCUCCUAAAGCUCAAGGCAGAGAAGAAUGCUCAGGCAGAACUGGGGAAAAACCAGUCCAACAUCUCCUUCUCCUCCUCCGUCACGAUCAGCACCACCUCCUCCUCUUCCUCCUCCUCUUCCUCCCUGUCCAAGAACAGCGGUGACCUGAAGCCACGUUCUGCCUCAGAUGCAGGCAUCCAUGACACCCCCAAGGGCGGGACCAAGAAAGAUCCUGAUGUGAAGACUGGGCUGGCGUCCUGUGUCCGAGCCAAGCCCUCUGUCCGACCAAAGCCAGUCCUGAACCGAGCCGAGUCCCAAAGCCAGGAGAAGAUGGACAUUAGCUCCUUACGGCGCCAGCUGAGACCCACGGGCCAGCUCCGGGGGGGCCUCAAGGGCUCUAGGAGUGAGGACUCAGAGCUGCCCCCCCAGACAGCUUCUGAGGGGUCCAGGCGAGGGUCUGCAGACAUCAUCCCUCUCCCAGCCACCACUCCCCCAUGUGUUCCCAAAAAGGAGUGGGAAGGACAGGGCACCACCUACGUGACAUGCAGUGCCUAUCAGAAGGUCCAGGACUCUGAGAUCAGCUUCCCUGCAGGCGCUGAGGUGCAUGUGCUGGAGAAGGUAGAAAGCGGGUGGUGGUAUGUGAGGUUUGGGGAGCUGGAGGGCUGGGCUCCUUCCCACUAUUUGGUGCCCGAGGAGAACCAGCACCCUGACCCAGAUAGCAAAGAGCCAGACACAGUUAAGAGCACGCAGAACGAGGGCAAGUCGGACAGCCUGGAGAAGAUCGAGAAGCGUGUGCAAGCGCUCAACACUGUGAACCAGAACAAGAGGGCCACCCCACCCAUCCCCUCUAAACCCCCCGGGGGCUUCGGCAAGACCUCGGGCACUGUAGCGGUGAAGAUGAGGAACGGCGUCCGGCAAGUGGCAGUCAGGCCCCAAUCUGUGUUUGUGUCUCCGCCACCCAAGGACAACAACCUGUCCUGUGCCCUGCGGAGGAAUGAGUCGCUAACGGCCACUGACAGCGUUAGAGGUGUCCGAAGAAACUCCUCCUUCAGCACCGCACGGUCAGCAGCCGCUGAGGCCAAGGGCCGCCUGGCAGAGCGGGCUGCCAGCCAAGGCUCAGAAUCACCCCUGCUGCCCACCCAACGUAAUGGCAUCCCUGUCUCCCCCGUGCGUCCUAAGCCCAUAGAGAAGUCUCAGUUUAUCCACAAUAACCUCAAGGAUGUGUACGUCUCUAUUGCAGACUAUGAGGGGGAUGAAGAGACAGCUGGCUUCCAGGAGGGGGUGUCCAUGGAGGUGCUAGAGAGGAACCCCAAUGGCUGGUGGUACUGCCAGAUUCUGGAUGAGGUGAAGCCCUUCAAGGGCUGGGUACCCUCCAACUACCUUGAGAAGAAGAACUAGCGGCACGGGGUCCUUCCAGACUCAGUGUGCUGCUUUGCCUGCUACUGGCCGGUGGCACGCAGACUCGGGGAAGGACAAGAUGGGAGGGGGGAGGGGGAUGACAACGUUGAACCCUUCGGAACACGUGACCCCCCAGUACACCCUCCAGCUGGAAGGGAGGGUGUGGUGGGCGUGCACACUUAGUAGGAGAAAGGGAAUAGCAGGACUGUCCUGGGCCCGGGACCCCUGCAUGCACACCGCACGCCGAUGGACCGUAUGCCAUUUAGCCCAGGCCAUGUGGGAAAGCCUAAUCGUGCCUUUGCUGCAGAUCUGGAAAA